CCAGCCGGGCGGGCUCGGGCGUCGCCUUUAAAGGCUGCGGGGGCCUAGCGCCCACGGACUGCCCUGCCCGAGCGAGCCAGCGCGUCCCGUCCCUCCUGCGCUUAUGGCCCUGCGCCGCGGGCGCGCGCCCGCCUGAGCCCCGCGCCCUCGGUCGCCCGCUGUCCUCGCCUCCCCGAGUCCCCGCGUCGACGUCCUCGCCAUGCACGCGCGCGCCCUGCUCGUGGCCGCGCUGCUCGCGCUGGCGACGGCCCUGGAGUCCCCGGCGGCGCCUUGCCCCGCUCGCUGCGACGUGUCGCGCUGCCCGAGCCCGCGUUGCCCCGGCGGCUACGUGCCUGACGCCUGCAGCUGCUGCCUGGUGUGCGCCGCUGGCGAGGGCGAGCCCUGCGGCCGCGCGCAGGACGCGCCAUGCGGCGAGAGCCUGGAGUGCACCCGCGGCGUGUGCCGCUGCCGCUGGGCCAGCCCGGUGUGUGGCACGGACGGCCGCACCCACGCUAGCGUGUGUGCCCUGCAGGCUGCCAGCCGCCGCUCGCUGCAGCUGUCGGGGACGCCCGUGCGCGUGCUGCAGAAGGGCGCCUGCCCCUCGGGUCUCCACCAGGUGAGCAGUCCACGGUACAAGUUCAACUUCAUCGCUGAUGUGGUGGAGAAGAUAGCGCCCGCCGUGGUCCACAUCGAGCUCUUCCUGAGACACCCCCUGUUUGGCCGCAAUGUGCCCCAGUCCAGCGGCUCCGGCUUCAUUAUGUCAGAGGCUGGCCUGAUCGUCACCAACGCCCAUGUGGUGACCAGCAACAAGGCCGCCUCCGGCCGGCAGCAGCUCAAGGUGCAGCUGCAGAACGGGGACUCCUACGAGGCCACCAUCAAGCACAUUGACAAGAAGUCUGACAUCGCCACCAUCGAGAUCCACCCCAAGAAAAAGCUCCCAGUGCUGCUGCUGGGCAACUCUGCGGACCUGAGGCCUGGCGAAUUCGUGGUGGCCAUUGGCAGCCCCUUUGCCCUGCAGAACACGGUGACCACGGGCAUUGUCAGCAGCGCCCAGCGGGACGGCAAGCAGCUGGGCCUGCGGGACUCGGACAUGGACUACAUCCAGACGGACGCCAUCAUCAAUUACGGGAACUCCGGGGGACCUCUGGUGAACCUGGACGGUGAGGUCAUCGGCAUCAACACCCUGAAGGUCACCGCUGGCAUCUCCUUCGCCAUCCCCUCGGACCGCAUCACGCGCUUCCUGUCCGAGUUCCAGGACAAGCACGGCAAAGACUGGAAGAAGCGCUUCAUCGGCAUCCGAAUGAGGACCAUCACGCCCAGCCUGGUGGAGGAGCUGAAGGCCAGCAACCCGGACUUCCCAGAAGUCAGCAGUGGCAUUUAUGUGCAGGAGGUCUCCCCCAAUUCUCCCUCACAGAGGGGCGGCAUCCAAGAUGGCGACAUCAUCGUCAAAGUCAACGGGCGCCCCCUGGCGGACUCGAGCGAGCUGCAGGAGGCCGUGCUGACCGAGUCCCCGCUGCUGCUGGAGGUGCGGCGGGGAAACGAUGACCUCCUGUUCAGCAUCGUGCCCGAGGUGGUCCUGUGAGGCUCUGCUCCCUCUGCGCCAGGCACCAGAGCCAGAGCCGCAGGUGGCGAUGGAGGACUCCUCCCCAGGGUCAGGACGAAGGACCACGUGGUCCUCAGUGAGGCCAGCAGCAGUGAGGCCAGUCCAGGAGCAGAGGCCAAGGCGGGGCCGGAAUCUCAGCCUCAAUCCCGAAGCCCAGUCCAGCAAGGGAAGCCAGGUGUCCCCGGAGCACAGGUGAAGAUUCUUGGGACCCAGAGGACUCCUGCGUGCCCCGAAGUCCACCCUGUCCCCAGCUCCUGCCCGACCCUCAGCCUCUCCUUCAGAUCCUGAACAUUGUCACUCUGAGCCCGCACUGGCUCCCCCGGCUGCAGUGAGUGGCAGGUGGACCCACCAAAGCAUGUGACAGGGGCUGCUCGGCCCGCCACCCGCAGUCCCCGCAGGCAGGCGCACAGCUGGCCCCUGGAGGAGUCCGACCUGAAGGCCUAGCCUGGUGCAGGUGCCCAGUGAACGUCCCCGCUGUAGAGCCAUGCCCUGCACUGGCCUUAAGGUGUGCUCUCCCAGGGGACAGGAAGUGGCAGGCACACAACCUGGUGGCCGGAGGAGCCGUCCUCCGAGGUGACCAUAGGGCACUAGGAGAGGAGCUGGGACCGCCAGCCAUGAGGACUGGGCCGGCUCCACCUCCCCACGCAGCCCAGGGUGUAGCAGAUGGCGGCCCAGAGCCAGCGGGCGCUCCUGAAGACCUGGCACGCCACCCGAGGGUGCUUGAACACUUUGCCGCCAUGGACCUGCCAUGGCUGUACUGUCUGUUUCUCUACUGUAUGGAAUUAAAGUUUACAAGCACA